AUGGGACGAUCCCGUUGCCUUCUUUUGUUACUUUACGUACAAUAUUUGCAUGGAUUUAUCAUCAAUAACAAGCUGAUCCGAGAUGAUGGCGUCAAAGGUGAGAAAUGGCAUUUUUACUGACUAAAAUAAAGUUUUUGCAAUUUGAAAAUUAUUUUUUAUUCGUAAAAAUUUAUUUUUUUUUUGUCAUUUUGAAAGUAAAUUUCCUUGUGAUUUUUUGGAACGGCGAUUUAUAAAUUUUCAAUUUUUACUUUAUGCCGUCAUGACCUUGAUGUCUAAACCAAACAAUUUACUUUACAGAAAAAACUGAAUCAUUUUUGAAAAAUAUCCUUUAUUGAAACGAUGAGAAUAAAGCAACAUGUUUACAACCAUUUUCAGUUUUCACUGUUUCAAGUGAAAUCAAGGGCUACAACUGUCGCUGUGGAUGUAAUUGCGCUGCUGAAGGGAUAAUCCUGCCCAAACCAUUGCCUCUGCCUCCUGCCCCAUUCCCAGAUGCCCCCAAACGUGAGUAUUCAUUAUUUUGACUUUAUAAUUUCGAUUUUAAAACUUAAAUUUUCCCAUUCCAGAAUUCCACAUUCAAAAGCACAUCAAACAGAACGAUUGCAACUGCCAAUGUAGUUGUUAUCGAGGCCAAUUACCCACCGAGGGACCCCGAAUUCAUACUGGAAAUGACGGGAAUGACGUCCAUUCAGAAGUGACCAAGAAGAUUCUGGAUGAACUUAAGACCACUUUGUCCUUACCUUCAGAUCCGACCACCUCGAUUCCUCAGAGUAAUUACACUUUGCUCAAAGGAAGCAAGGCCAUUAAGGAUUUGUCUCUGGAAACGCCAUUGACAGUAAUAGUGCCAGAAAGGUUUACUCGACCCACUAGAGUUUAUUUAAAGGCGGAGGAUAACACCGAAGAAACAGCAAACAUUGGAACAACUAUUCCUGUUGAUGACAACAAAAUCACGGAGCCAACCAAAAGUGAGAUUGUCGAAACUACUGGCUCCACCAUCGCAGCGCCAUCUACGACUGCAUCAGAGCUGCCAAAAGAAAAUACGACAAAGUUAGCAGUGACGGAAGGACCGACUCCAGUCGUCUCUGACGCCGGCGAAAAGCUAACCAUGGUCUUUAAAGAACCAACUGCAGCUACAAGCCCUGAGGCAACUGAACCCUCAACUGUUGUCAGCACAAUUGCAAAGACUUCAGAGAUCCCAGAAAAAUCAGAGAAGGUAUCUACAUUUUCAGUUGCCACAGAAACUGAGGCUUCAAGUCCAUCAUCUACAUCAGCUAAGGGCGAAACUUCAGAGAUUCCGCAGGCCACUGAAGGAAGUCCAAUCGAAUCUACGUCGACUAUCGAAGCUUCUUUUGUAUCGUCUACGUCAUCGGGAUCAAUACUAUCAUCGACAGAGCUUCCUGGAUCCGCCUUAUCACUAAGAAAUGACAAAAAGAAGUCUGAUUCUAAAACAACCUCAGUCUGGACAAUCGUCCCUUCUUCCGCCGAGAUAAUAACGACUCCUCAGCCAAAUGAAGCUUCAUCGCCGUCUUCAUCCACUUCUCCAGUUUCUACAACAACGUUGGAAUCAACUUCGACCACUGAAGAUACGAAUAAACUUGGACUGGAGAUUGUCUCCACAACAGUAAAGAGUAACGAAGAGGACGGCUCUAUUCUGACUACCGACGAUUUAGAUAAUUUAAAAGCAAUUCCAUCAGAAGCCAAUGAAGACGGAGAAUCUACCACAGUCAAUGAGAAUAAGGUGACAAAAACUCCGGAAGUAAAAGAUGACAAGAUGGAGAAGUUAAAAAGUAUUCUUGGAAAGUUAAGGGAAAAAUUGGGUGAUAUGAAAAAGAAAAAAGAAGAGAAAGAAGACCAAGCAGGAGAGAUUGAAGAGAGCAUUGAUAAUGUGGCUACUACAGUAAGCCCUCAAGAACAAUAUAAGCAAAAAGUGAGGGAGCUGGUGAGAAGAUUGGAGGCUGAAUUGGAGCGGUUAAAGGAGAAGAAGAGAAAGGAGGAGGAGAGCAAAAGUUCUUCAAGCACUAGCAGCAGUAAUAGUUCUAUUGCGUCAAACAGCAACAAUGUCAAGGAAGAAGUUCUAGCUGAAGAGGAAGUCCUUAAAUCAACUGAAGAAACGACCAGCUUAACUGAGGGUUCAAGCUCCACAACUCCGACUCCUAUCGACGUUACGGUACUCCCUAAUGAUGCUGACAAUUCAAGGACAAUUCAGCCAACUCAAGAGAAUGCUCCGAGCUCAACAGUAUCUGUAAAAGAAACCCUGGCAAGCACAGUAGCUACGACUGUCCAUACUUUAAAUUCUCAACCAGAAACCACCGAAACUCCAAAGAAAGAGGUUUUGGAAAGUUCGGUACAAACUGAGGAUGAGAUCAAGCCAACAACCACAGUGAUUUCUUCUGCUAACAAUGAAGAACUGACUCAGCCGGCAACUUCUUUCGUAACUUCAGGUUUUCCAGCUGAAACUACGGAACGUACUAGAGUUUUGACAACAGAAAAAAAUCUCCCAAAAGAAGUGGAAACUGCUUCUUCGACUGGUGCUUCUACGACUGCCAAAGCCGAACAAUCAACGGGUCCAAUAACUUCAACUGCUGAAGAAAAUCUUCCAACAACUCUUGAAGCCAGUCAAUCGCCGGAAACUGAGUCAUUGACAACUGAGCUCAGACUGGAAACAACUGUUCCUCCUACCGAAUCUCCCUUCAGAUUUGAGUCGAAUGACGUGAACAUUGUAACGGAAGGAAAAACGCUUGCAACGACCCCUGAGAGUGUUGUCAGCACAACGGAAGAGAAGAUUGUUGUCACUACCCCUGUUGGAAACAAAAUUGAAAACUCUGAGAGUCUUGAGAAAACGAAACAAACGGAGGAGACAACAGAAUCCGCAGUGGUGACUGAUGGACAUGUUGCUCCAACUACUGACCAGACAACGAAGGUCGGGGAAAAUGAUGAUUUAUCCAGUUCAACAAAGGCAUCAGUGGCUACGAAAAAGGAGAAGGUUGUUGAAGAAGCCACUACAGAGACAGUUAAAGGUAUAGAGAAGGAAAAGGAAGCGUCGUUAUUGCCAACAACUCAAGAAGAAGAAAAUUUGACAACAACAAAAGCUGAAGGACCUACGGCAGUAGUUACGAAUGCCCCCAGAAGAACUGUCCGGCCAUAUUCAUCAUCAGAAGAGGAAGAUAGACACUUCAAACCAAACAGAGAAGGAGUUUUGGCAACCAAAUCAACAACUAACACCUCUGAAGAUGGUAAACUUGCAAAAUCUUCCAUUUCAACUCAUCUGGAAGAGAUUGUAACCGCCAAGAAUGUCGACAAAUAUCCUGAGACGUUGAAUGCAACUACAAAGUUGUCAUCAUCAACCACAACCCUUCCAACACCGCCAUUUAAUCCAAAAGAAAUCCCUGAGAGAGAAACCACCGAAACUACUGUAACAACCGAGUCAACGACAUCCGAACCUACAACAACAUUCAUCCCAGAGAAGGAAACCGCAGCUCCAACGACUCCUAAGACUACUGUAACAACGUUGGAGACAACUACAACAAUCGUAACAACAACUACCACUACUGAAGCGCCUGUUACAAAAAAAAUUUCAUCAGAUGACUCCUCAGGACCGUCGUUUGUCGUGGCUGAUGUUUCGAAGGAAACGCUUACUGUAACUACUGUAGGAACUACUAUUAGUGAGAGUACUAGUAAACUGACGACAGAGGGAGCUUCCACAACGACUGGCGAAGCGACAGAAGGUCUGAUUCUAACAUCUGAUGCAGCUACGAGCACUUUCGCGACGUCAGAAGCAAAAGUGCAAACAGAGACGUCUGUUGGCCAAUCUUCAACCUCAGAAUCCUCGAAGCUAACUUCUGAAGGCAUUGGGGAAACUUCUGAGCCCUCAACGUCUCAACCUUCCUCAACAUCGACCUUAGCGACCGCUACAGAUCAAAUCACGACAGAGGAAAGCAAAGCCGCGACAAAUUCUUUGCCCAAAGAAGAGCCCAGCUUCUCCAUUGAUGAUCAACAACAGCAUCUGGAGAAGCCCAACGACCUUCCCGAACCUCCGCCAUUCUUCCCAGAUGGUCUUCCCGGCAUUGCCAAACUCCCGAAGAACGCGGAUGAACACACUUUGAUGGAGAGACAUAAAGAAGCGAGAAGAUGGAGAGAGAAAUUGGAAUUGGAGAAGCUCCAUGAGAAUGUGGAAGGUCAAGUCAAGUUCCAGAAUCCGGCAGAAAGAAGGAGAUUGAUUGAAGAGAAAUUGGAUCAGUUGGCAAGGCUGGAACGGUACUAUCAUGAGAGGCUGGAGCAGUUUAGAUUGGCUCAGAGAGCAAGAGCGAACAAUGUGGAAGAAGCUCCGAGUAAGCUAAACUGCGGGUUACGGUUGAGAGUUUAGUACUAGUUAAUUUCUGGGGUAAAGUCAGUACAUAGAUUAUGAAUCAUUUUUUAAAUGGAUCUUUGAACUUUGAGCAUCCCACUUAAAACUUUACCCAUCGAAAAUCAUUGUAAGAUCAUAACAGUUCCACUUUCAGUCGCCAAGCCAAUUCUGACGACCCCUACAACGACGACAACUGUCACCCCGACAACUUUGGACCCCUCUCUUCCAUCGCACUGUGCGCCAGUCGUCAAGUUUAUCUCCACUUUCCACAUCGACGAUCCCCACGAAUGGCUGAAGGGGAACUGUGUGUUCGUUAAGGAGUAUUUCCCUGGUGCAUCCUGCUCACAAAUCGAAGAUCUCUUGGCUGUUUGUUUCAAUUCUUAA